CUCAACAGCUGGUCUAAGUUCGUUUACAUCACAUUGAUAUGGUAGGUUCAUUGUUCCAACGCAUCAGUCGUACAUACAUUCUUGGAUUGACGGUGCGUCGGUUAGUCAUCACGCACAUUGCAUUUCCCCAGCUGACAGACACACGUACGAGAAAUCAGCCCUGUUGAAGUUCACAAAGCUACGCGGGUUGCCCGUCAUCUACCACGUCAGGCGUGUAGACCAUAUAUAUAUAUAUAUAUAUCUAUGUUUGAAAAUCGUGGGAGUCGAGCUGGGCUAUAUUUACUAAGGAGAAGAGCUACACACUGUCACAGCAUACUGAGCAAUUGAUGGAGAAUGGGGAACGAGGUCGCCAAAUCAAGCAGGUCGAGUACAAGUCAAUCGCUGUCGAAGGAACAAGAGAAGAUACUUGUCCAAACCUGGCUGAGCAUUCGAGGAGAUUUAGAACGGAUUGGAUUAUUAAUGUUUACUGGAUUGUUCGAGCACCACCCUGAAGCCAAAGUUAUGUUUGGCUUGUCAGAUACAGCUAUGUCACCAAAGGACAAGGAAAACACAGCUCUAAUAAAGGAACAUGGCCUCAGAUUUAUGAACGUGGUCAGAGAUGUACUUACACUUAUUUCAGAGAAAAACGGAUCACAAGCUGAAUGUGUGUUGAUAGAUCUUGGGAGGCGCCAUUGUUCAUACAACGCUGAUAUUAACCUUAUUGAUGUCUUCGGGCAGCAAUUUAUAGCAUCAAUACAACCAACGUUAACAGGAUCUUGGGAUAAAAAGGUCGAAGAUGCUUGGAUACAAUUAUUUAAAUACAUAGCAUUUACAAUGAAGCAGGGAUUGGCUGCAGAACUCAUAGAUAAGUCAUUGAAGCUAAAUGGCAAGCCUUAA